AAAAUUCAGCUCAUUCUUGAAACCGAAAAUGCUUCCAACCUAUAAAUACAGGUUUGAUAAUGAACGCAGAGUUCAGUUGCAUUUUCAACAUUCGAGAAAAUGCUGAAGCUCGUAACAAUACUGCUAUUGGCGGUGGCCGCCGCCAGGUCUGAGGACAGACCAAUCAUUACGACCCAGGGAGGUCAAAUUCAGGGUGUAACAUCCAGCUGCGGUCUGUUUUGCAGCUACUUCUCAUUCAUGGGUAUUCCAUAUGGUGAACCACCAGUAGGAGAACUCAGAUUCCGCAACACUGUUAAACAUCGAGGCUGGCAAGGUGUCAAGGACGGAAGCGAACAUCGUCCAUCGUGUCCGUCAGGUGCUUUGGUCGGAGAUGGUUAUGAUGGAGACGAAGACUGUCUGUUCUUAAACGUCUACACUCAGAAUAUAAUCGGUUCACGACCAGUUAUGGUUUGGAUCCAUGGCGGAUCAUUCUCUGGAGGUUCUGGAGAUUCCUGGAUCUACGGUCCAGAUCAUCUCGUCCAGGAGAAUGUGGUCAUCGUUACCAUUAACUACCGAUUGGGUCUUCUGGGAUUCUUCAGCACUGGCGAUGAACACGCCCAAGGAAACUGGGGUAUGAAGGAUUGCGUUGAAGCCCUGCGAUGGGUACGCGAUAAUAUUGCGGCUUUUGGUGGCGAUCCCAAUAAUGUGACCGUAUUUGGAGAGAGCGCUGGUGGUGCAGCUGUUCAUUAUCUGGUUCUAUCACCGAUGGCCACCGGGUUGUUCCACAAAGCUAUGAUCCAAUCUGGAACUGCUUUAUCUCCAUGGGCAUUCCAGUAUAACCCAAGAGAAAUGUCGCAGCAUGUGGCAAACACUUUCGGAUAUCCAACCAACGACAAUGCUGAAUUGACUCGCUUGCUUCGGUACACUCCUAAAGGAGAGUUCGUAAGGUUACAGCAAGGAUGGUCUGAUAUUCCAAUUCCACGAGGAUUCAAACCAUUUGAAUUUGUACCUACAGCAGAACCAGUGAAUUCGCCAGAACCAACAUUCCUCACACAACGACCAAUCGACCUGAUGAAUGCAGGAAACUUCAAUAAGAUGCCUAUGGUAUUCGGAUACACCGAUGCGGAGUCACUAUUCAUGAUUCACGAGCAUACAAUUGAUUCAACGGUGUGGAACGAGUUCACCCGCAACCCACAGUUCUUUGUCCCGCAUUACUGGAGAAUUACGCCUGGUACCGCUGCAUCAAAUGGCGUUAGUCAAGGAUUCCGUGAUUUCUACUGGCAAGAUCGUCCUCUUGGCCCAGACAUCAUGCUCGAGUGGACUAGAUUCCACACUGAUCAACAGUUCAUCUACCCUAUUGACAAAACAAUCCGGCUGACCGCGCAACACAACACAGCAGCAACAUACUACUACCAGUUCAGCUUCGAUGGAGACUUGAAUUUGGUGAAACGCCUUCUUCUGCUUAGCGACUGGCCUGGUGCAGUUCAUGCGGACGAACUCCCGUACAUGUGGUCUAUGACUAACCUUCCGAUUACUCCAAUUUUGCCUGGCAAUCCUGCGUUGGCUGUACGUAGUCGCGUGGUACGUUUGUGGACCAACUUUGCACUUCACAGCAAUCCGACGCCCAAUUCGGACAGCAACUUGCAGAACGUUAUUUGGGCUCCAAUUCAAAAUCAGAAUAUGGCUUUCUUGGAUAUUAACGCAAACUUGGUCGCCACUCAUUAUCCCAACCAAGCCCGUCUCAACACCUGGUACGACUUGGAGAGCCGUUAUGCCAAUGGGCCGUUUGAAUAUCCAAUGACUUUCAACAGGAUGUUCAAGAUUGUGCCAAUCUUGGCGCUGGCUGUCGCCACAGCCAGCGUGCAGGCGGAUCCGGCCCGCCCUAUUGUCACCACCCGCGGAGGUCAAAUCCAGGGCGUGACCUCUAGCUGCGGUUUAUUCUGCAGUUAUUUUUCAUUUAUGGGUAUCCCGUACGCGGAACCACCGGUAGGAGAUCUUCGCUUCCGCAAUACGGUUCCUCAUCGCGGAUGGACCGGAGUAAAGGACGGAAGCGAACACCGAGCCCAAUGUCCAUCGAGCAGCUUCUUCGGAGAUGGGUACUCAGGAGACGAAGACUGCCUGUUCUUAAAUGUUUACACCCAGCAGGUCGUUGGAUCCCGACCCGUAAUGGUAUGGAUUCACGGAGGAUCCUUCUCGGGAGGAUCGGGUGAUUCCUUCAUCUACGGUCCCGAUCAUUUGGUGCAACAAAAUGUAGUAAUUGUAACCAUCAACUAUCGUUUGGGUGUUCUGGGAUUCUUCAGCACAGGUGAUCAUCAUGCUCAGGGUAAUUGGGGUAUGAAGGAUUGUGUAGAAGCUCUACGUUGGAUACGAGACAAUAUUGCUGCAUUCGGUGGAGAUCCAAACAACGUGACGAUCUUCGGCGAGAGUGCUGGGGCUGCUGCUGUUCAUUACCUUGUACUGUCUAGAAUGGCGUCUGGAUUGUUCCACAAAGCCAUUGCUCAAUCUGGUACUGCACUUGUUCCAUGGGGUUUCCAGUAUAACCCACAAGAAAUGAAACAGUACAUUGCCGAAAAGUUUGGUUAUCCAGCUAACGACAAUGCUGAACUGGUGCGACGUCUGCGCAACACACCAAAGGGCGAUUUCGUAAACCUUCAACAGGGAUGGACUGAUAUUGCAAUCCCCCGCGGCUUCCGACCAUUCGAUUUCGUCCCAACUGCCGAACCUGUCAACUCCCCUGAACCAACCUUCCUAACCGAACGUCCAAUUGAUAUUCUGAAGGCCGGAACCUUCAAUCACGUCCCCUUUAUCAUCGGAUAUAACGAUGCGGAAUCGCUCUUCAUGGUUCAUGAACAUCGCAUCGAUUCAACCGUAUGGAAUGAGUUCACCAGAAAUCCCGACUUUUUCGUACCACACUACUGGAAUAUACCGCGAAACAGUCCAGCAGCCACAGCUGUUAGUCAAGCAUUCCGGAAUCUAUAUUGGCAAGAUCGACCUCUUGGACCAGAUAUCAUGUUGGAAUGGACCAAAUUCCACACCGACCAACAGUUCACUUACGCCUGCGAUAAAGCUGCUCGGUUAACUGCGCAGAGUAAUACAGCGCCUACAUACUAUUACAAGUUUAGCCAAGACGGUGAUCUUAACCUAGUUAAACGUGUUACAUUGCUAACUGCCUGGCCGGGAGCUAUGCAUGCCGAUGAACUGCCAUAUUUAUGGUCUAUGACGAAUUUUGCAGUAUCACCUAUUCUACCCAACAACCCAGCAGUCACUGUCCGUAAUCGCAUGGUUCGAAUGUGGACAAAUUUCGCCAUUACGGGAAGUCCAACCCCCAACUCCGAUAAUAAUCUGCAGAAUGUCAAUUGGGCGCCCUUCACUCCGCAAAACAUGGCGUUCCUGGAAAUCAAUGGAUCUCUGCUACCCGGUACCAACCCGAAUAGUGACAGACUGGAUACCUGGUACCACUUGGAAGAACAGUAUGCCAACAACCCGUUCUAUUAUCCGUGGCAGUGAACAGCAAUACGAAUAAAUCAAUACUCAAAUCACAAA